UCAUGCUGCUGCCAAGUCCUAGAGUCUCUCAUGGGUCCCUGUACGGCCUCCCAUUGCUGCUGUCUCCAUCGCCACACUCUGCUGCCAUGUGCCACUUUCAGGUCUCUUCACACUGCUGGUGUGUUAAAUUUUUUGACAUAGGGUGCAGGCAGAUUACGGGCCUCACAUAGCUGCUGCCAGGCCCCUAAUCUGCCAUGGGCCCCUAUAUACCGCCCUCCUCAUGCUGCUGCCAAGUCUAGAGUCUCUCAUGGGUCCCUGUACGGCCUCCCAUUGCUGCUGUCUCCAUCGCCACACUCUGCUGCCAUGUGCCACUUUCAGGUCUCUUCACACUGCUGGUGUGUGUUUAAAUUUUUUGAC